CUUCCGGCCCGAGUGCUUCCGGGUCGCCCCUGGCCCCCGGGUACUGGUCUCUGCGCCCUGCUGCCGGCCGGAGAGCGGAGAGCCCAGCGGCGCCGAGCACCACGCUGGUCCAGCAGGCAGCAUGUCAGGGCUUUUAGCGAUGUCCCUGCCUGCCGCCUGGAAGCCAUGGAGGAGAUGAGGUAGCUUCCAGGACCAGAUGGGGAAGCCCAGUUCAAUGGAUACAAAAUAUAAGGAUGACUUAUUUCGGAAGUAUGUGCAGUUCCACGAGGGCAAAGUGGACACCACUCCCAGCAAGCAGCUGCCCGGCAGCGAUGAGUACCUCCGGGUGGCCGCCUCGACCCUGCUCAGCCUGCACAAGGUGGACCCCUUUUAUCGAUUCCGGCUGAUCCAGUUCUAUGAGGUGGUGGAGAGCUCCCUGCGCUCGCUGAGCUCCUCCAGCCUGCGGGCUUUGCACUGCGCCUUCAGUGUGCUGGAGACGGUGGGCAUCAACCUCUUCCUCUACCCGUGGAAGAAGGAAUUCCGAAGCAUCAAGACCUACACGGGGCCUUUUGUUUACUAUGUCAAGUCCACGUUACUGGAAGAGGACAUUCAUGCCAUCCUGAGCUACAUGGGCUACGCGCCUGAGUUGGGGACUGUGUACAAGCUCAAGGAGCUCGUGGAGAGCCUCCAGGUGAAGAUGGUCUCCUUUGAGCUCUUCCUGGCCAAGGUGGAGUGCGAGCAGAUGCUGGAGAUCUACUCGCAGGUGAAGGACAAAGGCUACUCGGAGCUGGAUGUGGUGAGCGAGCGCAAGAGCAGCGGGGAGGAUGUGCGCGGCUGCUCCGAUGCCCUGCGGCGGCGGGCCGAGGGCCGGGAGCAGCUGACCACCUCCAUGGCCCGAGUGGCGCUCCAGAAGUCGGCCAGUGAGCGGGCGGCCAAGGACUACUACAAGCCCCGCGUGACCAAGCCCUCCAGGUCCGUGGAUGCGUACGACAGCUACUGGGAGAGCAGGAAGCCACCCCUGAAGGCCUCCUUGAGCCUGCGGAAGGAGCCUGGGGCGGAUUUGGGGGAUGACCUGAAGGACGAGAUCGUCCGCCCGUCCCCUUCUCUCCUGACCAUGUCCAGCUCCCCCCACGGCAGCCCGGACGACCUCCCUCCCACCUCCCCAAACAACGGCCUCGGGCUGCUGCGCAGCACGUACUUCUCUGCUCAGGACGACGUGGACCUGUACACCGACUCGGACGCCAGGGCCGCAUACCGCAGGCAGGAUGCUCUGCGGCCGGAUGUGUGGCUUCUUAGAAGUGACGCCCACCCCGUCUACCACAAGCGUUCACCCCCUGCCAAAGAGUCUGCCCUCUCCAAGUGCCCAAACUGCGGCCUGGCCUGCAGCACUGCCCUCUGCCAGCGCUGUGACAGCCUGCUCACCUGCCCCUCAGCCCCCAAGCCCAGCGCCUUCCCCAUCAAGGCUGCUGCCCUCGACAGCCUGGCCCACGGGGCACCUCUGCGGGAGAAGCACACGGGCCAGGCUCAGGCCCUCGACCGGCUGCCGCCCCUGCACUCCAAGUCCAAGCCCUCCGCCGCGGCCACCUCCCGCUGCGGCUUCUGCAACCGCCCGGGCGCCGCCAACACCUGCACCCAGUGUUCGAAGGUUUCCUGCGACGCCUGCCUCAGCGCCUACCAUUACGACCCCUGCUGCAAGAAGAGCGAGCUGCACAAGUUCAUGCCCAACAACCAGCUGAGCUACAAGUCCGCCCAGUUCUCCCACCUCGUGUACAGAUAGACCCCUCCGCGCCUUCCCGCGACAAGGGCUACUCCUCUGACCGCCGGCUCCCUCCGCGAAGAGGUAUGGAUGCGACCAGCUGAAGCCGAGGCCUGAACUCGACCGUGUGGGCGGCGGGGACCCGGCGGCUGCACCCUGUGGGAGUUCACUGAGUGACUCGCCUCAGCCGACGGCUCUGCCAUCCAACGAGGGAGGGUGGCACGUGCGUUCACAUUCAGUUUUGCUGAUCUCGCCACUCCCUGUUCAGUUGGGUUUUGGUUUGGUUUGGUUCUGUCGUUUCCUCUGAGGAGGAUUUCUGCCUCUGGGAUUCCCGCCGUGCCCGCCCCUCCCGCAGUGGAGCCAGCGCCCCGGGAAAGGCCCCUCAGGUCGCCCCUGCGGUGGCGAGCUAGAGGCCUGUUGGCUUGUGAAAUGAGCCCUCCUGCCACACUGGGCCUCUCCUGAUGGCUCCCCCCCUUGGCCACCCCGCUCCCAAACACAAGGCGCCCGGCCAGGCGCCCCGCUCGGACGCGCCUGCUCUCGGGGGCAGAGGCCCGGCGGGGCGAGUCCAGUAUCAGCCGGCGUCAUCCUCGCGUUGCCGCCGUACGGUCAGCCCCCUGUGUUCGUGAACGCGGCUCCGACGCCGACGCGUGGACUCCACAGGAGGGCUGACUUCUCCCGUUCUGUUGUUUGCACAUGCCCCUCUUACUGUACUGUACAUAGAUAUUUUUGAGAUUUAUUUUUAAAUAAAUAUUCAACUUGCUAUGUGUUUCAAAGUGGUUAAAAAUUAAUUAUGUAGCUAUUUAUAAAAACGCCCUGGGCUCUUAGUCUUCCAAGGGACGCCUCCUGCCCUUUGCUGGUGUGCCUCCCACCCGCCCGGGGGAGUGGCGUUCGGGGCAGGGGAGGAGCAGAGACCAUGGCCGCUGUGCCCGAGCUGGGAGAGCCACCGUCUUCCUGCAGUAACUACUGUACACCUACCUCCAGCGCGCCUCGGGGGCCAGCGGGUGCUGAGGUCUGCGCCUGCGCACUGCGACGACCCAGGGGCGAUUCGGGGACCUCGCCCUGCGAAUCAACAGCCCUGGUCUUUGGAGCCUGCUGCCCGUUCAUCUUGCACUCCAGACUUCCUGAAUCUGUUUCAGAAGGAAAAUCGCUCGGGUUUCCCACGCCCCUCCACCUCCGUCCUCUUCGUAGUUCCCGGCGCUCCUCUCCAGCAGCACCUGCCGCCCUUCCGCACUAACUGGGCGGGAGCCGGCGGGCGUCCCGCAGACAGACGGCCCCUCGCCUCCGCGCCUGCACACCUGAAGGCCCUCGCCUCCCCGUGGGAGUCACCGGGAUCUGGAUUUUCCUUUGGGGGUGCAGAGCGGGAGUGAGGCAAGAAUUAAAAAAUAAGUUGCCUCCUUGUGAACUCCUGUUUUAGCCAUAAGUGUUCGUGAUAUACACACUGUUAGGGAUUCCUGCGCAGCAGAUUUUCUGGGAGAAGUGUUCACCUCUUGAGCAGGUUUGAAUCUGGCUGAAUCCUGAGGCCACUGUGAAUUUGCCGAUGUUCUUCCAACUCAGUUGAGUGGUUUUAAGGUUUUCCAAAUCUUCUAUGGCUCUUUUAUAUAUAUAUAUACACACACAUAUAUAUAUAUACAUAUAUCUGGUAGAUCACAUGUAGAUAUACAAUGUGUAUAUAAAGUUGGAUUUCAACCGGCUUUAUUACUAAGACCAGCCUGUCGGGGCAUUCAUCUUCGAUGUUCUUCCUUUUCACAUUUCAGAACUGGCGAUGCCUGGCCCACUCCUGAGAGCUCUAGUUUUCUAGUUUUCCAUUUCCAGAUCACUCCAGCAUUACAGUAACUUAACUCUUAACCAGCCGUGAUGCCAGGUCAUUUACAGUGGACAAAAGCAGGAACGACCAAGUUGUCCAAAGAAAAUAAAGUCCGGUGUACCUACCAUCACGGAAAUACUGUGUUCAUAGACUGGAAUAGGAAAUACUGCGGCCACGCUCCUCCUUGCUGUGUAUCUUACUGUUAUGAGGUUGUUGUGAUUAAGAUAGUUAAGUAUAUGCUAAUUUAAAAACGCAGAUGUUUUGCAUUUGAUUUCUACCAAGAGUUGAAAUGUUGAGAGAUGAUUUUAAACAAUAAUAAAGUGUCUUCCAUUGUUAAA